AUGAACGACGGUGGUUCUUCUCCCCUGGCCUCGGUUUUGUCCUUCCUGGGCAUCACUGGCGAUUCUUUAAAAGAAUCGGGACUGCAGGUCUCUUUCCGCGAGCUGACACUUCCCACGAUUGGCAGCGACGUGUUUGUGUUGCUGGAUGUUUGUGUUAUUUGUGUUGCUGGGUGCGGCUGCUUCUGGAGAAGGAGAGUGGUCCCUCACAACAGGAGUGAAGCCAUGGCUGAGGAGAGGUACAGGAAGAGGAUCCGGAGUGAAGUCACCUGCUCCAUCUGCCUCAGUUACUUUACUCGUCCGGUGGAACUGGGCUGCAGGCACAACUUCUGCGAAGCCUGCAUCUUGAGGUGCUGGGAGGAGUCUGGUGAGAGAACCAGGUGCCCCGAGUGCAGAAAGGCUGUAAAAACAGACUACAAGCAAAACAGGCUUCUCACAAAUAUGGUUGGAAUCAUCAGUGAGUGGGAUCAUUCUGAGGAGAGAGACGCUCAAAGGAGGCGCUCAGAAUGUCAGAGGCACCAGAAGACCCUGGACCUCUUUUGCCGGGACGACGAAGCCCCCUUCUGUGGGGAGUGUGACAUAUCCCAAGGGCACAGCGGCCACAGGGUGGUUCCUGUGGAAGAAGCCUUCCAAGACUACAAGGAGAAACUAAUGUCUCAUAGGCAGAAGAUGAAGGAUGAAUUUAAGCAACUACAUUUGUUUAUGGAAAAAUGGGAAAACCAGCUGCUGAAGAAGAUGGAAGAGAUGGAGCAAGAGAUUACAAGGAAAUUGAAUGAGCAUCUGGGCUGGUUCUCCAGAGAACUUGACUCUCUUCAAAAUAUCAUCCGGGAGCUGGAGGAGAAGCAUCAGCAGCCCCCCAGUGAAUUCCUGCAGGAUGUUAGAAGCACUUUGCAGAGUCUCAACAGUCUUCCAAAACAGGGAUGUUGGAUGGAGAGCCAGCUGGCAUAUUUAAACCUUUUAUUUCUCCACAGGCAUGAAGGGAGACAGGCAUUUGAGCCUCCCAAAAUUUUCCCUCCUGAAUUUAUGUGGAAAAUCUUGGACAUCUAUGAAAUAUAUCCAUUUCUGAAAGCUGUUGCGGAGCAGUUCAAAGGCACUCUAACAUCAGGACUCUCUCUGAAGAAAGCAAGUGUAACUCUGGACCCGGACACCGCUCAUCCCCACCUGAUCCUGUCCGAGGAUCGUCGAAGUGCGAGGUGGGAAGAGGCACAUCAAGAGCUGCCAGACAAUCCCGAGAGAUUCAGCGGACAUCCCUUCGUGCUGGGGUGUGAGGAGUUUACAGCAGGGAGGCACUACUGGGAAGUCACCAUGGACAUUUCGGGUGAAUGGGCUGUGGGGGUCGCCCGGAAGUCUGUGAGGAGAAAGGGCAUGCUCUAUUUUACCCCUGAGGAAGGCAUCUGGGGACUGAGGCAUCUGCGUAGCCUGCCUGCUGUGAAGCAGAGGAGGAUCCGGGUGGCUGUCAAUUAUGCAGCGCGCCAAAUUCUCUUUUUUGAUGCUGAUACAGGCAAGUCACAGUACGUUACAAUGGCUGAAUUCUCUGGAGAGCCCCUUCUGCCUAUAUUUUGGGUGGGGCCAGAAACCUGCCUUGAACUGCCUCCGGUGACACACUAGUCUGGCCACCCCUCCAGAAAAAAAAGAGAAAUGUGUGGAAAAGUAGCUUCCAGAUCGUUCCUUGAUUAUUAUUUUUUAAAUCAAAGGAUUGUGUGCGCUU